GAUGUCUCUCUCCUUUUCAGAGUACCUCACCUUCCCUCCCUUGCAUCUCAGUCCUCACCUAACGCCCCAUUCUCUCCUCCGCAACUCCGAACGAAGAUUUCUGGUGUUCUUGGCUUCCUUUGCGGGUCUAGCAGAUCCAUAUGGCUCUCUCUCGCUUCGCUUCUUCUUCUUCUUUGUCUAGAUCCAAGCUUCUCAGACCCAUCUCCUCUGCAUUCUCCUCCGCCCCUUCUAUCCGCCGUUCGAUCUCCUCUGCCGCCGAUGACUCCUCCACUCUCACCAUUGAGACCUCUCUUCCAUUCACCGCCCACAACUGCGACACUCCUUCGCCCUCCGUCGACACCACUCCCAAGGAACUCAUGUCCUUCUUCCGCGACAUGGCCCUCAUGCGGCGGAUGGAGAUAGCUGCGGAUUCACUCUACAAGUCUAAGCUCAUCCGAGGGUUCUGUCACUUGUACGAUGGACAGGAAGCUGUCGCUGUCGGCAUGGAGGCUGCCAUUACCAAGAAGGAUUGCAUAAUAACAUCUUACCGUGAUCAUUGUACCUUCAUGGGCCGCGGUGGAACCCUGUUGGAGACAUUUGCGGAGCUCAUGGGUCGUCAAGAUGGGUGCUCGAAAGGAAAGGGUGGCUCUAUGCACUUCUAUAGGAAGGAAGCUGGGUUCUAUGGCGGUCACGGGAUUGUUGGGGCUCAGAUACCUCUGGGAUGUGGAUUAGCUUUUGCUCAGAAGUAUUCUAAGGAUGAAAAUGUUACCUUCGCUUUGUACGGUGAUGGUGCGGCAAAUCAGGGCCAGUUGUUCGAGGCGUUGAACAUAGCCGCGCUUUGGGAUCUCCCUGCCAUUUUGAUCUGCGAGAAUAAUCAUUAUGGGAUGGGGACGGCCGAAUGGAGAGCUGCUAAGAGUCCUGCCUAUUACAAGCGUGGCGACUAUGUUGCUGGGUUGAAGGUGGAUGGCAUGGAUGUUCUUGCUGUAAAACAGGCAUGUAAAUUUGCAAAGGAGUAUGCCUUGAAGAAUGGGCCCAUUAUUCUUGAAUUGGACACCUACAGAUACCAUGGCCAUUCCAUGUCUGAUCCUGGAAGCACAUAUCGUACACGUGAUGAGGUUUCUGGCGUGAGACAGGAGCGUGAUCCAAUUGAGAGAGUGAGAAAGCUGUUAUUGAAACACGGGAUUGCUGCUGAAAAGGAACUAAAGGACAUUGAAAAGGAAGUCAAAAAAGAAGUUGACGAAGCUAUAGCUAAAGCAAAGGAGAGUCCAUUGCCGGAGCCAUCUGAAUUAUUUACCAAUGUAUAUGCUAAUGGUUUAGGGACUGAGGCAUGUGGGGUUGACAGGAAGGAAGUAAGAGUUACUCUACCAUGAUAAAUUCUUGGAUUUUCAAAUCAUUUUCACCCCUUGGUACCAAACCAUUCAAGAUAGCGAUGAAUAAAUGGUAAAAAGAGUAGAAGUUCAUCUCUUUGCCUAUUGUUUUGAACUGCACUUGCUGGAAUAGGAAAUUGAUUCUUCUAUAGCUUUAGGGCAUAUUACAUUUUUUUUCCGUGCAAUUUUGAAGGAGCCAACGGUCAUAUAAGCCCUUAACAUUGCUGUAAUUGGUUAUGCUUCUAAAGCUACUGAGCGAUGUGCUAAAUUGAGGAGCUCAUUAUUGCUCAACUUCCCGGAAUUUCUUAAUUGGCGGGAAGCUUUACCUUUGGCCAUUAGUUUAACUGGCAUUCAAGCCUCCCGAUAUGUUUUCUGGAGCCAAAUUUCCUGAACGUCAAGAACUCAGGUCUUUCUCGAUCCA